CAAAAAUCAUACUCAAAGAAAAAUUGACAUUCAAAAAAAAAAAAAAAAACAAUCAAAAAAGAAAAUAAUAAUGAGCAAUAUAUUUACGAAAAAGCUCGAGCGUCUUCAUAAGCCACCAUGUGACCUAACCAUGUACGACAAUGAAGAGUAUAUGAAAAAUCCACUUUUGAAAUUUCGCUUGUCCGAAGUGAAAGAGAAGCGGCACUUUGCUCUGCUUAAACAAAAAGCCAUUGAAGAAAAAAUCAAGUUAGCUCGAAGAGCUGGAAUCUACCUUGAGCCAAUACGACCUCAAAGGGAGUCCUACUACAUUGAUCAGCUCAAAAUUCAUGUACGGAAGAUUCCUGUGCCAAAGAUGCUCUCAUCGAUCGAGGCCAAAAUCAAAAGCUAUGCCCCAGCAGAGCUCAAAGCUAAGUAUCCAGAUUUGGUGAAGUCUUAUAUGAACGAAGUGCAUGAGGAAUUCGAUAGGCUGAUGAAAAUCUUUAGCAUGAAAAAAAUUCUUCGUAAUCCAGAAUUCGAUGACGAAGAUCCGGAGGAUUUUAAUCUGCCUAAACCUGACUUCGGAUUUCAGUUCCCAGGACGAACAGCACGUUACGCCAAGGUGUUCCUCGCAAAUAAAAAGAAACUCAACGAUAAUUUGUUGAUUGUGUUCCCAUUUGUUCGAGCGGUCCUGGCGCUUUCUGAGUCUGAUUUUCCAGAGAUGAUUCACUAUUUCAGCAGAAAUGAGUAUCUCCAUUUGAGUAAGGACUUAGAAACGAUUUUGCUGUAUUCAUAUGUGAAGGCGUGCAAAUUGGAUAUCGAAACAAGAACUUCGUUCAUUCGCUGGAAUUGGUAUCCCCGCAUUGUGGGCAUCGUGAAGAAGCACUAUCGCAAAAAAACCAUCCCUAUGGCUCGAUGGACAAAAGCUUUCAAUUGCAUUGAAGGUCUCAUUAACCGACAGAUAAAUAAUUUGAAGGUCCGAACUUUGGAUGGACUGCUUCGACUAUGUGGCAAUCCUAAAGAUAUACCCCAAUUUCUGAUUAACAUCGACUAUUAUCAGACUCGUGAGUGCAUCGAUCUAAGUCCGACUUAUGAGACUAUCGAGGCGGGAUUCUGUGCAAUAGCCUUGGACAUUGCCACUUCUUCAACUGAUAUGGACCCUUUAAGACCCCAGAUUAAUCCCUAUUUGUCGGGGUAUUGCGGCGAAUUUUUGCCCAUUGAAUUAAAUCAAACCUUCUUGGAUGAGUAUUUGCAGAAACUAAGGAGAAGGGUGCUCCAAACAUACAUCCCCGUUAAGAAGUACUUGAAACGUUUCCAGUGCAAGUACUACUGCUUGUAUAGUCGUGAAAUUCGUGACGAUCUGGAAGAGUUCUUGGGACAGCCGCGGACAUUCGAGGAGUACUUUAAAAAGAUCGAAAUCUACUUUGCGUAUAUUGAUAUGUUGCGAAGUGAACCAAUGAGAGAGUUUUUUGAUAUAGCUCUGAUAAAUAACGGACUAGCGAUUGAGAAACUUCGAGAUCUUGCAGAGAGUUUAAUCCAAAGAAUUACCGAGCACAUUGUAAUCGAACAUAUGCGAGCCGAAAAGAGAAUAUGUGACACCUUUGAGGACAUCAAGGCAAAGGCAUUGAAAAUCCCCCGUUCCACAGAGGAGCUCCUCGAAGGGGCAGAGAACAUGAUCUAUGUAAAAAACAUCCAAAUGGCAGAACUUCGAGAUCGAAUUCAGUAUUGCUUGCGAAUAGGCACAGAUCUUGUUUCACUCACCGAAAUGACUAAGGAGCACAUUGACUUGACAGUUCGCACAAUCAAUUGGUUGAGGGACAUCAAUGAAGUCUUCGAGUUGAAUGCUUUCCAACAUGAACAAUAUAAAUUUAUGUUCGAGGAACAUCUGCAGGACGUUGUGAAAAAACUUAAUACGGACAUUCUUGAAUUCAUACCGAAAAUGACCGUUCUAAAUGAUAUGUGCGAUACUGAUAAGUUUCGGGAGUAUUAUAUAUUGCUGCAGAAUUUCAUUGAUCAAUUGAAGACUUUUGAUGAUUACAUCAAGUGGAUCAAUAAGGAAGAAAAAUUGUACAAAAUCCCACAGACCAAGUAUCCUACUAUGGAGGUUCUCAAUGAAUUUGUUUAUCCAUUUGCAACUUUAAUGAGGUUAUGCAUUCGAUGGUUGAGAUAUUAUUUUGUUUGGAUGGAUGGACCUUUCGAGUAUUUGGAACCCAAAUUUGUUGAAGAGACGACCGAUAAUUUCUAUAAAGACUUUUUGAAAAAUCAAAAAUAUUACCGGAAUAAAAUCAAACAGGAUUUAAUUGGUAAUCCUGUUUGCCGUUUUCGAGGACAAACAGAAGAUCCCGAUCCAGAGAAACACCCGGUGCCCUUGAAACUCUGCGCCAAAAUGAUCAACUGGAUAAAAGACUUCCGUUUGGGUGUAUUCAUGGUCAAUAUAAUGUGCAAUCCAGCCCUACGCAAACGCCAUUGGGUUGAAAUGUCCCAAAUAGCCGAAUUCGAUAUAACUCCCGAUGCUGGGACAACUCUGCGAAAGCUAAUCGACUAUAAACUCGAUGCCAAAUUGGAUAGCUUCGAAAUAAUAAGCGUCAGUGCCAACAAGGAGCUUCAAUUGCAAAAUAAUCUCUUUGCCAUGAUCAAGGAAUGGGAUGCAAUAAGCUUUCCCACUGGACCAUAUAAAGAAACUAGUGUACAAAUACUUUCGAACCUGGAUGAUAUCCAAGCUCUGCUCGAUGAUCACAUUCUCAAGACCCUGUCGAUGCGUGGCUCGGCUUUUAUGAAGCCUUGCGAACAAGAAGUUCUCGCAUGGUAUGAUAAACUAAUUAGAGUAAAUAGAACGCUGGAGCAAUGGGGAAAAGUCCAGUCGAACUAUCUCUAUUUGAUGCCUAUAUUUUCGUCGAAAGACAUCAUAGCACAGAUGCCCGAAGAGGGUCGUCUCUUUGCUCAGGUGGAGCAAACUUUCAAAAGAAACAUGGCGAUGGUUUUACGAAGUCCACUUGUCAUGGUAACUGGUCCCGCUAUGGGAAUGCUUGAAUCCCUUAUCAAAGCUGUUGAAUUGCUCGAUGACAUAACAAAUGGGGUGAAUGCUUAUUUGGAGAAGAAGCGUUUGUAUUUUCCGAGGUUCUUCUUUCUGUCCAACGAUGAAAUGCUCGAGAUACUCUCCGAAACUAAGGAUCCCCUUAGGGUUCAGCCACACUUGGGGAAAUGUUUCGAGGGUAUCAAUAAUCUUGAGUUUGAUCAGAAACUCAAUGUCCUCUCUAUGAACAGCGCCGAGGCGGAAAAUAUCAAGUUCGUUGAAAUGGUGUCCACUUCGGCUGCUGGAGGUAGCGUUGAAAAAUGGCUGGUUGGUGUCGAGGAACAGAUGCUGUCUGCCGUGAGGUACCAAACCGAACUCAGCUACUAUGACUACCCGAAAAAGAAGCUUGGCGAUUGGGUGGUGGAUUGGCCGCAAAUGGUGGUCUUAUGUGUCUCCCAGAUUUAUUGGGCCACAAAUGUUCAUCUUCAUCUACGAUCUACGGAACCGAAUGCAAUGUCCAUGUUUCUUAAGGAGCUGAAUGAAGAACUGACUGAUAUUGUGGCGCUAAUCCGUCGGAAGGAUAUCUCGAAUUUGGGCAGAAUCACCAUAAAGUCACUCAUAGUCAUAAAUGUUCAUGCCAAGGAUGUGAUAAACGGUCUCAUUGAGGCGGACGUAACUGACGAAUCAGAUUUCGCAUGGCUGUCGCAGCUAAGAUACUACUGGGAGAAGGACGAUACUCUUGUUCGAAUCAUAAAUGCAACAGUUCCUUAUGCAAAUGAAUACCUUGGAAACUCGGAUCGGCUUGUUAUUACGCCUCUCACUGAUCGUUGUUAUCGAACUUUGAUUGGUGCUUAUCAACUACAUUUGAAUGGUGCUCCGGAGGGUCCAGCAGGAACUGGAAAAACAGAAACCACAAAAGAUCUUGCCAAGGCACUUGCUGUGCAAUGCAAAGUCUUCAAUUGCUCCGACGGACUGGAUUACAAGGCAAUGGGGAAGUUUUUCAAAGGCCUUGCUUCUUGUGGCGCUUGGGCUUGCUUCGAUGAGUUCAACCGUAUUGAACUUGAGGUUCUUUCAGUGGUGGCUCAGCAGAUUCUAUGUAUAAUCCAGGCCGUUCGAAGUAACGCAACAAAAUUCAUGUUCGAAGGAACCGAAUUGACUUUGAAUCCUGCGUGUUACGUUUGCAUCACAAUGAAUCCCGGCUAUGCGGGUCGUUCCGAGCUUCCCGACAAUCUGAAGGUUCUUUUUCGAUCUGUGGCAAUGAUGGUCCCAGAUUAUGCGAUGAUUGGAGAGAUCUCUCUGUACUCUUUCGGGUUUGUCAAUGCCAGAAAUCUUGCGGUGAAGAUUGUCACCACUUACAGACUGUGCUCAGAGCAGCUGUCAUCACAAAACCACUACGAUUAUGGAAUGCGAGCUGUGAAAAGCGUCCUGUCUGCCUGCGGCAACAUCAAGAAGAUGUUUCCCGAUGAAAAUGAAGACAUUCUACUGCUUCGAUCACUUUUGGAUGUAAAUUUGCCCAAAUUUCUCUCCUUUGAUAUUCCGCUUUUCGAGGGAAUCAUUUCUGAUUUGUUCCCUGGAGUAACUCUACCUAGUCCAGACUAUAAUCUAAUUACCGAGGCGUUCAAUCGCAUCUGUGGGGAGUUAAAUCUCCAGCCGACUGACAGCUUCCUCACAAAAGUCAUUCAAACCUACGAGAUGAUGAUUGUUCGACAUGGCUUCAUGAUGGUCGGCGAGCCGAUGGCUGGAAAAACGAAAACUUUGCAAGUUCUCGCCAGAAUCUUAUCCUCACUGAAGGACACCGGAUCGAGUCCAUACUUUCAAGACGUUCAAAUGGGCAUAGUAAAUCCCAAAGCUAUAACUAUGAAUCAACUAUACGGCGCAUUCGAUCCGGUGUCAUACGAAUGGACAGACGGUAUAGUUGCCACGAUAUUCCGGAACUUUGCGAUGGACAAUUCUCCAGAUCGUAAAUGGGUUAUUUUUGAUGGCCCGGUGGAUGCUGUGUGGAUAGAAAACAUGAAUACAGUAUUGGAUGACAAUAAGAAGCUUUGUUUGACUUCCGGUGAAGUGGUAACAAUGUCAAAUGAAAUGUCGAUGAUUUUUGAAGUUAUGGACCUGGCUCAAGCUUCACCGGCUACUGUGUCACGUUGUGGUAUGAUUUAUAUGGAAACAGCUACUCUUGGUUGGCAAACCUUUACUAAAUCCUGGCUCAAUAGAUGCGAUGAAAGAUGGGCAGAUGAGGAUGGCAAAGUAUAUGUGAUGGCUUUGUGUAGUUGGCUUUUGCCACAGUGCCAAGCCUUUAUUAGAAGAUCGUGUACUCAGCUCCUACGACCUGGAGAGUUCAGUGUCCUUCGGACAACUUUUGAUCUCUUUGAGAUGUUAAUGCAAGAAGCUAUCGAAGAAAAUCUCGAAGAUUUCCAACGUUACAUGAUAACUUAUCUCCAAGCAUCAAUGCUUUAUUCCAUUGUUUGGGGCAUUGGUGGAAUAUUGGACACAAACUCACGUCUCCAUUUCGAUACAUUUUUAAGAAAGUUAUGGAGCCAAGAUGAAGAAGGCAAAAGUAACAUACCUGAAGCUAUUGAUAAACUUGAAGUAGCCUAUCCAAUGGAAGGUCUUCUCGUAGAUUAUGUUUAUAUGUUCAAACAGAAAGGUUCAUGGAAAUACUGGCCGGAGUUAGUGAAGAAAAUGGAGCCUGAGGAAGCAGCUUCUGGGGUUCAAAUACCAACGAUUGACACUGCAAGGUAUAUGCAUUUAUUGGAAAUGCACAUUAAGCACGAGAAGAAGUUCUUACUUGUUGGACCAACUGGAACUGGAAAGAGUGCCUACAUCCAGAACAUGCUUAUGAAUAAGCUCUCACCCCAGGAGUACAUGUCGACGUUUGUGACUUUCACUGUCAUGAUAACUGCCAAUCAGACACAGGAUUUAGUCAUUUCUAAGCUUUUUAAACUCAAACGAGGUAUUUAUGGCCCACCGAAAGGUCAAACUGCUCUCAUAUUUGUCGACGAUAUGAAUAUGCCAGCUAAGGAGGUCUAUGGUGCUCAACCGCCAUUGGAGCUUCUGCGACAAUAUUUCGACUUUGGACAUGUGUAUGACCUUAAGGAUACCUCAAAGAUUUUUCUUAAAAACUUGUUAAUAAUUUGCGCCUGUGGAUUGCCUGGAGGUAGUCGACAGGAUGUUUACGCCCGGUUCCUGUGCCACUUCAACAUAUUCUCCAUAAACACCUUCGCCGAGGACACUAUGAAUAGAAUAUUUGUCUAUGUGCUCCUCAACGGAUUCAAGAAGUCAGGUCAUAGUCAUGACGUGUUUCAGAGCAGUCAGCAAAUCGUAAGUGCUACUCAGCAGAUUUAUAAGUACGUUCAAACCGAGUUGAGGGCAACACCGGAUAAGUCACAUUAUAUCUUUAAUCCACGGGACAUUUCCCGAGUUGUAACUGGUUGUGCUCUGCUGAGGAAGGAGUCGGUGGAUAAUAAGAAGAUAUUUGCUCGUCUUUGGUAUCACGAGGCUAUGCGGGUGUUCUAUGAUCGUUUGGUCGAUGAGACCGAUCAGCGUUGGAUUUUCGGAAAGCUCAAUGAGUGUAUCAAAGAGAAUUUCAAGGAACGAAUUGAGACCCUCUUCGAGCAAUAUGUCGAAGAGGAUGGGCAAGUGAGUCUCGAAGCUGUGAAUCGUAUGAUCUUUGGCGUGUACAUGGACGAAGACAAUGAACCAGAUGAGAAGAAAUAUGAGGAAGUCCCAUCGAUGGAAACUUUUAGCAAGAUUGCCUAUCAGAAUCUGGAAGAAUACAAUGCGACUAGAAGGACCAAAAUGGACAUAGCCUUAUUCACCUAUGCACUACAGCAUUUGAACAAGAUCUGUCGGAUCAUAUCGAUCCAGGGUGGUAGUGCUCUGUUGGUGGGUAUCGGUGGCUCAGGCAGACAAUCACUGACGAAGCUCGCUGCCACAAUAUGCGGCACGUCUCUGUUCCAACCGGAAAUAACGAAAAACUACGGAGUCAACGAUUGGCACGAUGAUAUAAAGAAUAUCCUCAAGGAAGCUGGAGGAAUUGGGAAACAUACUGUAUUCCUGAUGACUGAGAAUCAAAUUAAAAUGGAACUCUUCCUGCAAGACAUCGAUUGCCUUUUGAAUCAAGGUGAGGUUCCGAAUAUCUACGCCAUCGAUGAAAAGCAGGAACUGUUGGAACUCGUUCGUCUGGCAGCGCAGGGAGGAAAUCGUAACAUCGACAUCUCCCCGCUACAGGUGUUCUCAUAUUUUGUCAAUCGAUGUCGGCAGAAGUUGCACAUAAUUCUGUGCUUCAGUCCAAUUGGGGAUUCGUUAAGAAACAGGAUUAGAUUGUACCCGUCCUUGGUCAACUGUUGUACAAUCGAUUGGUUCCAGAUCUGGCCGGAAGAAGCUUUACAAAUGGUUGCGAAAAUAUCCAUGGAAGACGUCAACGUGGAGUCCGAGGUAAAGGAUGCCAUAGUCGUUAGUUGCCAAUAUUUUCAUUUGAGCGCAAACAAUGUUAUCAAAGAAUUCUUCGCGGAGACCAAUCGCAUUGUGUACAUCACUUCGGCUUCAUUUCUAGAGUUAAUUCGAUCAUUCCGAAUUCUGGUGAGUCGUAAGCAGACUGAAACUAUGGAGGCCAAGAUGCGAUACAUUGGCGGCUUAGAGACACUUAAAGUUGCCGCCGAGGCUAUUUCUGUGAUGCAGGUUCAGCUGAAUGCCUUGCAACCAAAGCUGUUGGAAAUGGCCAAUGCCUCGCGAAGAAUGAUGGAGGAAAUCAAUACCGAGACAAUAGCUGCUAGUGCUGCUGCCGAGCAGGUCAAGAAGGACGAAAUUGUAGCUGGAGCUCAGGCAAAAGCCGCGCAAUCGCUGAAGGAUGAAUGUGAGAAGGAUCUGGCUCAGGCGAUUCCAGUACUUGAGGAAGCCAUCUCAGCUUUGAAUACACUAAAGCCGGCUGACAUAACGUUGGUCAAAUCUAUGAAGAAUCCUCCCUCGGUAAUUAAACUGGUUAUGGCGGCGGUUUGUGUGAUAAAAGGCGUUCCCGCUGAUCGAAUCAACGAUCCAGCCACGGGGAAGAUGGUCAAUGACUACUGGGGUCCCAGCAAGCGAAUUCUGGGUGACAUGAAUUUCCUUCAAGCUCUCAAGGACUUCGACAAGGACAAUAUCAGUCCUGAGAUAAUGAAAAAAAUCCGAAAAGACUUCAUCCCACACAAGGAUUUCCAACCGAAAAUUGUAGCAAAGGCGUCAAGCGCUGCAGAGGGACUCUGCAAGUGGAUCAUUGCAAUGGAUUUGUACGACAAUGUUGCCAAAAUUGUUGCCCCAAAAAAAGCAAAGUUGCAGGCCGCUGAAAAGGAAUACUCCGAUACAAUGCAAAUCCUCAAUGAGAAACGAGAGAUGGCUGAGGCGUUGGAGCGCAAGGUGGCUCUUUUGAAUGAGGACUUGGAAAAGGCGAAUAAAGAAAUGGAAAGAACUCAGGACGUGGCUGAUUUGUGUGAGAACAAGCUCAGGCGGGCUGAGGCCCUUAUCGGAGGUCUAGGAGGGGAAAAGAGCCGUUGGACUGAAGCUGCUGAGACCCUUCAGGCUACAUACGACCAUUUGCCAGGUGAUAUACUUCUAUCGUGCGGUGUAAUUGCUUAUCUAGCCACAUUGACGGCACCAUUCCGAAAUCGGUGCAUUGAAGACUGGUUCAAAAAAUGUCAGUCUCUGAAUAUUCCUUGUUCGACAGUUUAUAGCAUCAUAAGCAGUCUUGGCACGGAGAUAGCCAUUCAGCAGUGGAAUAUUUACGGACUACCUAGAGACGCAUUCUCUUCAGAGAAUGCCAUAAUUUCAUCGAAUUCCGGAAGAUACAGCCUUUUUAUUGAUCCCCAGGGACAGGCAAAUAAAUGGAUCAAGAACAUGGAACGCAACAAUAGACUUAAAGUGGUCAAAUUCAGUCAGAAGAACUACAUGAAAACCAUAGAGACUUCGCUGGAAAGUGGCCAACCUGUGCUUAUCGAAAAUAUUUUGGAAGAGAUCGAAGUUCCGCUAGAUCCGAUUCUGUUGAAGAACACCUUCGUCCAAGGCGGACAGGAGUAUGUAAGUUUGGGCGACAAUAUCGUGCCAAUAUCGAAGAACUUCCGCUUGUACAUGACCUGCAAUCUCAGGAACCCACAUUUCCUCCCAGAGACCUACAACAAAGUUACCAUAAUUAACUUUGCCCUAACCCAAAGUGGACUCGAGGAUCAGUUAUUGAGUAUAGUUGUUGCAAAGGAACGUCCUGAUCUGCAAGAAAUGCGAGAGGCUUUAACCGAGCAAGCAGCGAAAAAUAAGGCUGCUCUAAAGGAUGCCGAAGAUAUGAUUCUUAAGACCCUUUCCUCAUCCCAAGGUGACAUCUUGGAAGAUGAGGGUGCUAUACGUAUAUUAGACGAAUCCAAGAAUCUAUCCGUGGACAUUGUGGCCAAGCAGUUGGCUUCGCGAGAAACCGAGGAGAAAAUCGAUGCUUUCAGACUCAACUACAAACCAGUGGCAGCGCAUUCGUCGGUCUUGUACUACACCAUUACAGACCUCCCCAAUAUAGACCCGAUGUAUCAGUUCUCCCUGAAUUGGUACAUCAACCUGUACAUGUACUCAAUCGAAAAUGCGAACAAAUCGAAGGACCUGGCGCGAAGGGUGAAAUUCCUCGUCGAUGCCAUAACCCAAAACCUCUACAACAACGUUUGCCGAUCGAUCUUCGAAAAGGACAAGCUCCUAUAUUCAUUCAUUUUGGCCACAAAACUCAUGCUGGAUGCACGCCAAAUUGAAAUGGCUCAUGUAAUGCAUUUGCUAACAGGCGGAGGUACUCAAGAUGUAGCCGAUGAUAAGCCAAAUCCAGAUCCCUCUUGGAUAUCCGAAGCGAUGUGGCAGAACAUUCAAAAGCUUGAAUACAUUUCUGCUUUCAAGUCCUUUGUGGAAUCGUUCAAGGCAAACCUAAAUGAAUGGCUUGCGUUCUACGACCAUUCCGACCCCCAGACUCUACCGUUGCCUUCAAUCUGGGAAACCAAGUGCACACGAUUUGAAAAAAUAUUGAUUCUACAAGCUUUGAGGCCGGACAAAGUUUUCAUGGCUAUAAAUCUUUUCAUUACAGCCGAACUUGGAGUGAAAUUCGUAUCACCACCUCCAUUUGAUAUUGCCAAUUCUUUUCAGGAAUCCAAUUGUUUGACUCCGUUGAUUUUUAUUCUUUCUCCUGGUGCAGAUCCAAUGGGAUCACUGUUACUCUAUGCCGAACGCAUGGGAUUUGACGAAACAUUCAAGAGCAUCUCAUUGGGACAGGGCCAGGGCCCAAUAGCAAUGAAGAUGAUUGAAGAAGCUCAAGAAGCUGGUUAUUGGGUUUGCUUACAGAACUGUCAUUUGGCUGCUUCAUGGAUGCCGUCACUGGAAUAUAUGUGGGAGAAUAUGGAUAGCUAUAAUACAUUUCAAACGUUUCGGUUGUGGCUCACAAGUUAUCCCAGUGAUGAGUUCCCCGUGUCUCUGCUUCAAAAUGGCGUAAAGAUGACAAAUGAACCACCAACAGGGCUUCAGCAAAAUCUCAUCCGCUCAUACAACUCCGAACCUAUGAACGAUAACACUUUCUACACUGGUUGCCCCAAACAGGAUCGUGCAUUCACAAGACUCCUCUAUGGCAUAUGUUUCUUCCAUGCCGUUGUGCAGGAGCGCAGGAAGUUCGGUCCUCUUGGCUGGAACAUUCAAUAUGGAUUCAAUGAGUCGGACUUUCAAAUAUCCGUGCAACAGCUUCAUAUGUUCCUAAAUCAAUAUGAUCAUGUCCCUUACGCCGCUAUAUCGUAUCUCACUGCUGAGUGUAACUACGGUGGGCGUGUAACCGAUGCUUGGGAUCGUCGAGCUAUCGUAACCAUUCUCGCAGACUAUGUAAAUGAAGAAGCUGCUACAAAUCAUAAGUAUAUGUUUGCCAACGACGAUGUGUACAUUCUGCCUAGAAAAACGGAACACCGUGAGAUCUUGAGAUACGUCCAAGAGUACAUACCAUCACUUCCACCUCCAGAAGUCUAUGGACUUCACAGUAAUGCCGGAAUUACUCGUGAUCUUCAAAUGACCAAUACUUUACUGGACUCCAUGAUCCUGACUUUGGGAAGUUCUUCAGCUCAUACCAGUGAUGAAGAUAGUGAAGCUAGUCUUUUGGCAACAAUUUAUCAAAUCCAAUCGAAUAUGCCCCCAGAAUUUGAUAUCGAAAUGGCUAAGGAAAAAUAUCCUGUUGAUUAUAACGAAUCAAUGAAUACCGUUAUUGUGCAGGAAAUGGAAAGAUUUACUAAGCUUCAAAAAGAAAUCAUUGCAACUUGUGUUGAAUUGCAGAAGGCAAUUAAGGGAAUCUCCGUAAUGACACCUCAACUAGAACUGGUCAUACAAGCAAUUCAGUUUAAGAAAAUUCCCACCAAAUGGAUGUCAAAAUCUUAUCCAAGCCUAAAGCCCCUAAGUUCUUAUAUUGUGGACUUUUACAAACGUCUCAAAUGGCUUCAGAAUUGGUAUGAUAACGGUAAACCUUCGACAUUUUGGAUUUCAGGGUUUUUCUUUACUCAAGCUUUCUUAACUGGGGCAAUGCAAAAUUUUGCUAGAAAAUAUAAAAUUCCCAUCGACACCCUUACAUUUGAUUUUGUUGUUUUAGAUGCAAAAAGUAUGGAUUCACCGCCAGAAGAUGGCGUUUACAUCAAUGGCAUAUUUCUCGAAGGUGCCCGCUGGAAUUGGGAAAAAAAAAUUCUCAAUGAACAAAUACCGAAGAUUUUAAUUGCUGAUGUUCCAGCUAUCCAUUUGGUUCCUGUAUUGAUGGUUAAAUUGGACGAAGGAAGUCGUUACAAAUGUCCACUUUAUAAGACUUCAGAGCGAAAGGGUAUUCUUUCGACUACUGGCCACUCAACAAAUUAUGUGAUUCCAAUUUUAUUGCAAACAUUGCUACCAGCUUCUCAUUGGGUCAAAAGGAGUGCAGCUUUGAUUUGUCAAACUAGCAAUUAAGAUAACUAGGUUAGGUCUCUUUUUUACGAAAAUUUGUACGGAAUUCAUUAUAUUUUUUAAAUAAUACCUUCAUAU